AUGACUAAAACUUUAAGGUUAGAUCUUGAUUACCCGAUGAGGUUCUUUAGGCCGACUUCCACCAGAGUGGUCAGUAUUGUCCAAAAUGGUCAGUUGUGCGAGGUAAAGUAUCGGUCAGGCAUUAGCCGCGUGCUCGUGUUUCUCGUGGUGUUGUUCGCGCUGACCACUGUGGCAUUGGCAGUGGUGGUAGCAGUGACCGUGCUGAAGGUUAAGGACAAAGCGGCCAGGAUGCGUGGCGCCAUGGAUACUAAGGUGAUCCCAUGCGAUGACUUUUUCAACUUCGCGUGCGGCACGUGGGUCCGAAAUCACGUGAUCCCCGAGGACAAGAAAUCGAUUGAUACAAUGUCGCAACUCAACGAUGACGUCAAUGUCAUAGUGAAAGGCGUUCUUGAAGUCGCAAAUAAGCACGACGACCUGGAAGUGGUAAAAAACGCACGGAAGUUCUACAAGACAUGUGUUGAUGAAAAGAAACUAGAAGACUUGGGCCUUACCUAUAUCCAAUCUUAUCUGACGGCACUUGGCGGAUUCCCAGUCCUUGCGUCGAAACCUGGAGGCAACUGGGCGGUUGCUGGGUUCGACUUGGUGGACCUUUUGGUGAAGACUAGAAAUGGAUCAAACAGCAUGCCUCUGAUAAACGUUGGUGUCACGCAAGAUGACAAGAACCCAUCGAAGUAUAUUAUCUACGUAGAUCAACCCGGUCUUGGUAUGCCGAGCAGGGACUACUAUCUCAAGGAACGUAAUGCAACCGACCUGAUGGCCUACCAGACCAUGUUGGAAGAGAUUGCUGUAGCCCUGGGCGCGGAUCAGGGGCGGGCUUCACUAGCUGCCAAGCAAGUGGUAGAUCUGGAGAUCGAUUUAGCAAAUACUACAGAACCGAAGGAAGACAGACGGGACCCUGACCAACGAUACAAUAAAAUGACCAUCAACAACCUGGCGACAAAAUUUCCAGGAGUGGCCUGGCAAAGACUAAUAACAGACAUCUUGAAUCAUGUUGGUAUCAUGAUAGAUGGGAAUGAACCUGUUAUUGCUGUAGCUCCACCAUUUCUUGCAAAGUUUGGAGACAUUCUGAACAGACAUACUACGGAGACGCUUGUAAACUAUGUUGUGUGGCAGAGUGUUGUUGGAAAGACCACGUUUUUACCACAAAGGUUUAAAGAAAUCGAUCUAAAGUACAGCAAGGUGAUUUAUGGGACUGCCUCUGUUCCCGCCCGCUGGCAGACAUGCGUGUCCACUGUGACCGGGGCCAUGCCAGAAGUGGUUGGUCGGCUGUUUGUGGAAACUGCCUUCAAGGAAGACGCCAAGAGAGAUGUAUUGGAUCUUGUAAACAAUCUUCGCGAGGCUUUCAAAGAAAUGAUUGACCACCUCGACUGGAUGAGCUACACCACCAAACAGAUUGCCAAGGAAAAGUUUGGUGGUUUUGUUUCCUAUGUGACUGUGGAUGACAACGACCCCCUUAAGACUUUUGUCAGUUUUGGGGAAGCCUCGGUUAUACGCGAACUUCUGAAACUGCGGAAGGACUACGACAAAGCAGAGUGGCGUUUAUCCCCAGCUGAAGUGAAUGCUUAUUAUUUGCCUGCUGACAACUGCAUAACAUUCCCCGCUGCCAUUCUUCAACCGCCAUUCUACUCACACGACCAACCUGCCUACUUGAACUAUGGAGGAAUAGGAUACGUCAUCGGUCACGAGAUCACGCACGGUUUUGACGAUCAAGGCCGUAAGUAUGACAAAGAGGGACACCUUAAGUCCUGGUGGUCGGCGGAUGAGGGCAAAAAGUUUGUGGAGCGUGCUCAGUGCAUCAUAGAUCAGUACAACGGCUACGUGGUGCCAGGAACAGGCAAUAUGACUAUAAAUGGUAUCAACACCCUUGGCGAAAACAUUGCGGAUAACGGUGGCAUAAAAGAAAGCUUCAAUGCGUACCGGAAGUGGGUCAAGAGUGUAAGAGGAGGCAAGGAGGAGCACAAACUGCCUGGUCUGCCCUACACCCCAAAUCAGCUGUACUUUCUCAACGCUGCACAGAUUUGGUGCGGAAGUAGCAGAGAUCAAAGGAAGGCCGAGCUAAUUCUUACGGACACACAUAGCUUAUCGGAAUACAGAGUGUACGGUCCUAUGCAAAACUACGAUGAGUUCUCCAAGGCAUGGAACUGCCCUGCAGGAUCCUUCAUGAACAGUAGGCGCAAGUGUGCCGUCUGGUAGAUACACG